AUGGAUAAGAUUACCGCCACCCCCUUUCUUGCAAUAAAUGAUGAUGGUGAUGAUACUUCCCAUCAUGCUAGUGAACCACCACUUUCUGCUGCUUCACCUUCUGUUGCUUCCCCUUCUGCUGGUUCCCCUUCUGUUGCUUCACCUUCUGAUGCUUCACCAUCCGGUAACCUCAACAAAAGGGCUAAACCCUCAACUCCUACAGCUCCUAGUGCCUCACCGUCUGCUUCUUGUCCUGAUAGAACUUUUAUUACUGCCGAUGAUUUAGCAUUUGAAAUGAAAAAAGCUCUACAAAGUUUGACUAAAGGGUAUACAAUUCCUUAA